AUGGAGUCUCGUGUGGGAAACAAGUUUCGGCUUGGCCGGAAAAUCGGAAGCGGUUCGUUUGGGGAGAUCUAUCUCGGUACUCAUAUUCAAACGAAUGAAGAAGUCGCAAUCAAGCUUGAAAAUGUGAAGACGAAACAUCCGCAGCUGCUCUAUGAAUCCAAGCUAUACAGAAUUCUGCAAGGAGGAACUGGUGUUCCAAAUGUCAAGUGGUUUGGUGUUGAAGGAGACUACAAUGUUCUGGUGAUGGAUUUACUUGGGCCUAGUCUUGAAGACUUGUUUAAUUUCUGUAGCAGGAAACUUUCUUUGAAGUCUGUCCUCAUGCUUGCCGAUCAAAUGAUCAACCGUGUUGAGUAUUUCCAUUCAAAAUCUUUCCUUCACCGAGAUCUCAAGCCAGACAAUUUUCUCAUGGGUUUAGGAAGGCGCGCAAACCAGGUCUACAUCAUCGACUUUGGUCUUGCUAAGAAAUACCGGGAUAAUACUACACACCAGCACAUUCCCUACAGAGAAAAUAAGAAUCUCACUGGGACUGCAAGAUAUGCUAGUAUGAACACUCACUUGGGAAUUGAGCAAAGCCGAAGGGAUGAUCUAGAAUCUCUUGGUUACAUUCUCAUGUAUUUCCUAAAAGGAAGUCUUCCAUGGCAAGGGCUUAAAGCUGGAACCAAGAAACAAAAGUAUGAGAGAAUCAGCGAAAAGAAAGUAUCAACAUCAAUUGAGUCCUUAUGCCGAGGUUACCCAUCCGAAUUUGCAUCUUACUUCCACUACUGCCGUUCCCUUCGGUUUGAUGAUAAACCAGAUUACGGUUAUCUCAAGAGAAUAUUCCGGGAUCUCUUUAUCCGCGAAGGGUUUCAAUUUGAUUAUGUCUUUGACUGGACCAUAUUGAAGUAUCAACAAUCACAACUAACCGCUCCUCCAUCACGUGGCCUCUCAACCCCUGCGGCUGGAACUAGUGCGGGUUUGCCUCCAGGAUUGACCAGCGUCGAUAGAUACGCAGGCGAGGAAGGAGGGAGACCACCGAUGGAUUCAUCAAGGAGGAGAAUGUCAGGAGCUCUUGAUAGCUCUGGGAACUUGUCAUCAAUGGCUGUUAAAGGCCCAAUGAUGCCAAGCUCGUCGCUGUUUGCACAAUCAGCAGGAUCGUCGAGGAGAGUAACGUCGGAUGAGCUACAGAGAUGCCGUACGAGCGGCGGAUUAAGAAACUCUCCGGUGGUUUCAACGUCGGAAGGGAAGAGAUCUUCUUCCACAAGAAAACAUUACGAUUCUGCGAUCAAAGGCAUCGAAAGCCUCCAAGUCUCCGACGAAAGGUUUCACCACCAUUGA